AAUCAAGCUAUUAUAUUUUUAGAGCUCUGGUUCACAUUUCGAUGAAAACAGUCAUUUGAAAAGAACUAGUUUGCCUCCGUCAACUAUAUAAGGUCGAAUACAAUUUAUUAAAGCCAAAAACAACAUCCACUUUUUGAGAACAAAAUGAAAUAUCAUUUCAAUACUUAACUGCAUUGACUGAGGUUGCACGCGUCUACAGUUAUAGUAUUGUAGGUUUCAUUGUGCAUAUUUAAUACAAAAAUGCUUUUUCAUAUUCAAUAUAAUUUGCAUUUGUGUACCGUAUCAUGAGGGGUGGACCAUCUUUUUCGGAGAAUUGAAUUAAUCUGAAGGUAAUUUGUAAAGAUGUUCGUGAUGUAUUUGCGAUUCUAAUGCGCAUGUUGUUUGAUGAAAAAUAGGAAGAAAGGCAAAGGAUGUGAAAUAAUCAGAACAAAGUUAAUGCUUCUAGGGAAAGGCUUAAAAUAAUUAGAUAAUGUGUCCAUGUGAAACAAGGAAAGAAACUGAAAUAUCAACAGCAACCAAAGUGCUGAUUUAAUGAUGUUUCUCAAGUACUGAUACGCCCCUCGCUCGGUAAUAUAUAUCAUUGCACUGAUAGUGAAAUCCAGUUUGUGCAGACUGUGUGCGAGUGCUGAAAACAUUGAGCUGAUGACAAGACAAGUAUAACGUAUUGUUUGUGUACGUCGUGAUUGUAAAGUUUUAAAUGAUAAAAAUAUAAAAUCAAAAUUGUGUUAUCAUCAAUUCAUGCGAUCAUAUGGUGUGUUGUAGACUUUUUGCUCGAUUAGAAAGCAAAACAAUCUGUAAUCGUGCAGUUUAUUUUGCGUGAGCUAUCGGCUGGGAAGUGUUGCCGUACGGAAAUUCUCAACUUUUAUUCCAAAGAUAAAUAUUAAAAAAAAUUGUUUCUCAGUUGAAAAUGUAUUACGGGUCAGUAUUAAGGGCAGUGAAUAUGAAGAGCAAUGCACGGUUAUUGUGUAGACGAUUCCUGUCGACUGAAAGGGAAUUUCUCGCAACGCAAAAGCCAUCGUUAAGUGAUUUGGCAAAGAAAAAUUUAGUUCACAACGAAAAGGACGGAUAUGUGAUGAAGUCUCCCUACGAAAACAUUUCAUUUCCCAUGGAUAUGACGAUUGAUCAAUAUUUUUGGAAAAACAUGCCAAAGUGGCAAAAUCACGUUGCAGUACAGUGCGGUGUUACGGGUCGCAAAUACACAUACGCCAAACUACGGGAUUAUUGCGCGGCAUUAGCGAUUCGAUUGAGAAACAACAUGAAAUUGGAGAAAAAUGACAUCGUCGGUAUUUGCCUUCCGAAUGUACCAGAGUAUGUUAUUUGCUGGAUGGGAUCAGCUGAGGCAUCGUUAGUUGUCACAACAAUAAAUCCUUGGUACACGUGCGAAGAGAUAUCUCGACAAUUGAUAAGCAGCCGUCCGAAAGCAAUAUUUUGUCUAAUCGAUAAUUUUGAUGUGGUUAAAAAAGCCUGUGAGCUGGCUAAACAGCCUGACGUCAAAGUGAUAGCUAUAAAAACCGAAUUAAGUCACUCAUUUCGAGAUGAUAUGAUUAGCUUCACCGAACUGAUGAACCCAAAAGAGCACAUAAUGCCUCAUUUUUCCAAGGCUAUGGACUAACGGAAACAUCACCAUUAUCAACACUAACACCACAAGGUCUGCAAAACUACGGUACAAUCGGCUGGCCCGUCGCAAAUGUUGACAUAAAAAUUGCUUGUGUGGAUGAUCCAAGUUUCAAAGGAUUGGCAGCAAAUGAAACAGGUGAACUGUUGGUACGGGGACCAAAUAUAAUGAAAGGAUAUUUCAAAAAUGACGAAGCGACAAAAGCAAUGAUUACCGAAGAUAAUUGGUUGAGAACGGGCGACAUUGGGCAUUAUGACGAAAAUGGCCUAUUUUAUAUAAGCGACCGUUUGAAGGAAUUGAUUAAAGUCAAUGCAAAUCAAGUGGCACCGGCCGAAUUGGAAGGUAUUUUACGUGAACAUCCAGACAUUUUGGAUGCUGUGGUGAUAGGAGUAUCGCAUCCCAAGUGUGGUGAAGUGCCGAAAGCGUUUGCAGUACGACAGCCCGAGUCAAAUAUCACGGAAGAAGACGUUAAACAAUUUGUCGCGAAACAAGUGAUCAAAUACAAACAGUUGACUGGUGGUGUUCAGUUUGUCGAUCAAAUCCCAAAAACGGCAACUGGAAAAAUGUUACGUAGAGAAAUCCGAAAGUUAUUCUCAUGAGCAUUGAACCGUAAUAAUUACAUGAAAAUAAAGUGUUUUUAUACAUUUAUUCUUCAAUUUUUGUCCUUCACUAAGUUUAAAAAGUUUGGAAUUGCACUAAAAACAAAUUAAGUGUUAACGAAGAAAAUGAAUAUAUUUAACAACCCAGA